GACAAAUCACUCACAUUGAUCGACGAUUUAAACCUCAAUUGACCUUGGUAGAACUCCGGCGAAGAUUUCCGGCGAUUAUCUGGCAAACUCCGGCGUUCUUCCUGGCUGGUCUGGUUUGGCAGAAGGAGCGGAGAAGAAGGAUGCUGGUGCUGGAACUACCGGCGUGCCCCCUUCAUUUAACCUAUGGAAGUUCACGGAGACAACGAUUACGCGAUGGAAUUUCACUCACAACCAGCUACCCCCACAAAGUUCCAGGAAGUGCCAAAUGAAGGCAGCAGUUCUUACGCCGAACGUCAUUGGGUCCCGCAAUGCCCUGAUAACUACAUUCCAAAGGUCGGCAUGGUUUUCAAGGACUUGGAUGAUGCUAUUCGUUUCUAUCGUGCUUAUGCUGCUGAGGCGGGGUUUGAUGUGCGCAAGACUACCACUACAAAGAAAGAGGGCUCCGUUGUUUGGCAAUAUGUUGUUUGUAGCCGCGAGGGUAAAAAACAUGUCCCCACAAUCUCCCACAAUGAUGCAUCACAUGUCAUUGGACGGGCUGCAUUAUCUAAACCUGGGAGAAGAAGACGCAUUUCUAAGCGUAUAGGCUGUAUGGCACGUGUUGCAUUUCGCAUCCUUGGACAUGAUGGUUACGUUCUCAGCAUAUUCGAAGAGCAGCACAACCAUCCUCUCACUUCUCUCCCCUACAGGCCAUUUUUGAAGAUCAACAGGAACAUUGAUCUAGGCCAUAAGAAGUUCAUACUCAACUGUGCUAAAGCGAACAUUGGUACCAUGAAAUCAUACCGACUUUUCAAGGAGUCCGUUGGUGGGUAUUCAAGUGUUGGUGCUACUGCUGUGGACUUCAAAAACUUCAAACGUGAUUUGAAGGCCUAUAUUGCCGGUGGAGAUGCUCAAAUGGUCAUUGACAAAUUAUUCCGAAAAUCAGAAGUAUGCCCUGGAUUUCGGUUUGAUUAUGAAGUUGACGACGAGGAGAUUUGUUUCUCAGAUUUCCAUAUAAGAGCAUUCACAAUGGCAAAUAAAGAAAUGGAAUGCCACACGCUGAUGUGGCAUAAUUCAACCAAUUAAAAAUUACACAGUCAUUUUUUAAAUUUUUAACAUAAUUUAGAAAAUAAAAAAUAGAGCAUGGCAGCCUUGAGGCGUGGAAGAACGCAGAAGGAACGCGAGGCAAUUGCUGACUUGGUGCAAGUUUUAAUUAACCUUCUUGUGUUUUUGAAUGUGGUCUGCAUCUGUUUACCACGGUGGUGCAUUUUUCAUUGACAAUAAAGCAUCAUGCGUAGA